AGGGAAGUGUCGAGUAGAGUGAGUUGGGGUCCUGUCGAAGGUAGGGAACUGUCGAGGGGAGCAGUGGCGACACGAGAGAAGUCCAGGACUGCGCCUCCGCUCGAGAGCCAACUUGUGCUGCCGUCGUCGUCGUCGCCGCAGAGCGCCGAGUGAUUCUUACACAUUGACCGUCGCGAUGGCGAAGAAGAAGAAAAAAUCGAAGGUGAAGCUCAUGGUGGGCUCGACUCCGAUGGAUGUGAUGAAGGAGGCUGGUGGCAUGGAUUCGGAGGCCGCCCCAGCUGCCGUUCAUUCUGGAGGCGAUACUAUGGAUACUUCGGAGAUCGUGGUGACAGAUGCUGGUCCAUCGAGGAAGCUCUCGAUGACUGCAGGGCUUAGUGGCAGGGUAAUUAAAAAAGGGCCUCAAAAGCGGAAAGCUGCCAAACUGAGGAAGAAUAAGGCCUUGGAGAAAGCUAUGUCUAUGGUGGAAAAGCAGGAACAAAGGAUUAUGAAGCAGGAACUAAAAUCAUAUCGGGUACAAACCCUUAAGAAGAUGGAUAGUGAUUAAGUAAGCUUGACAUUCUUCCGGAGACGUGCAAAGUAGUUCUAAUCAGUGUGUUACUUCUAUUUUGCUCUCGGUAGCGUAGAUAACCAGGUGGAUGUUACUCCACACAUGGUUGCGGAUUGGGAGGUUCACAAUUUUCGAGAAUAUACCAGCAAAUUCACAGUUCUUAAUGUGUACAGGGUUGUUAUCAAGUGAGCUCUCAGUGGAACUUAUGCAUUGUCGGCAGAGACACAAGUGACUGAAUUCGAGGUCUGUUUGCAAAGCUCGCAUUGUGGAUGAGAUUUAGUGCGAAGGUUGUUAUCUGUACUGAUCUCCGUGCUUGGACCGUGAUGCCUGCUGUUAGUCUACACUUCGUUUCCUCGGAGCUAUUUCUGCCUGGAGGAGACUGCCCGAAAGCGCGAACCCAGCGUCGGUCUUCAUGCAGAUAUGACAGAUUUCUCAGCACCUACUAUGGAGACAUGCAUCCGGGAUGCUUCGUGCAAUAGAAUUUACGGGGUCAUCGAUUUGCCGGAAGGGUCAUGGGAUUCUAGACUGGCAUCAGAAAAAGCCCCAGCCAGCAAUUUACUCUUAAAAUGUGCUUUUGAAACAACCACAUGACUAGGACACGACCGAAGCGCAUCAUGCCCUGCACCGCGGUUAAUUGCGGUAUUUCACAAUGACUUCCCCUGAUUUGCAGUGGCAACGAAGGGUUUGAGCUCAAGUACAGCGCUGCAUUAAAGACAGUUGGAAGAAUCGACGAUUUACACACGCCGUUUGGUUUUGUGGCCAGCUGAUUGGCCUCAUUACGCACUUGACAUGGACGCUUCCCCGAUGGAGUGUCGA